AUGCCUCCUCCUCAACCCAUCCCCCCCUGCGAAUUCACCAACCCCUGUACCACCCACCUCGAACCCUCCUCCUCCUCCUCAACUUCAACCUCAACCCCAAGUCCAAGUCCAAGUCCAAAUACAACCCCACCGCACCCCCGAAAACUCAUCUCCCACAUCUUCGGCCGCAACAAAACCUCCACAAGACUGGUCCCGACACACAUCUGGCCGCACUACUGCCGCAAACACUACCAGCGGGCGCGGUACCGCGCGCCGAACUGGCCCGUCGCGCAGGUCGAGCUGGUCCGCCUGGCGCUGGAUCGGAUGGAGGUGUGGGGAGGGGUCAGGGGGUUUCAGGUGGUGUUGAGGAAGAGGGCUUUGGUUCAUUCUGGAUCUACUAGCUCUACUUCUGCUUUUGGGGGAGGGGAUGGAGAUGGAGAUGGAGAGGGAGAUGAUGGGGAGGGAGAGAAAGAGAAGGGGAAGGGGAAAGGCAAGAAGCUCUCGACGAAGAGGAAGAGCAAGAGCAAGGGCAAGGGCAAAAGACCCCAGAAGAAGCGCAAGGCACCGGCCAUCCACCAUGCGCCGGUCCCCGACUGGUUGAGGCAUCAUCUGGGCGAGGGGAGGACAUUUGCAGAGGUCCGGAGCAUGCUGGAUCAGUUGAAGGGGCAUCUGCAGGAGGCUCGACGGGGAAAGGAGCUGCGGUUUCCAGAUAUUGAGAUUCUGCCGGCGUUGGAGGAGUGGGUGUAUGCCAUUCCUACAGAGAAGAGAUGA